AUGGACAAACAGGAUCUAGAGCUUUUGAGAGAGUCCUUUAACGAUAUUUCCAAACAAGUACGCAAAAGCUCAAGAUCUGUCAAAAACAGACUACAUUCAAUCCUACUUGAUUCUCAAUGGGUAGCCCAAGUACAGUCAGCAUAUAACAGACCUUUAAUACCCAAUGAACGUUGUGGUCUUUGGUACGUCCCUCCUGAGCUGAUCAAAGAAACUGCUUAUUUCAAAUCAACAGAUGGUCAUACUUCACAAUGGUCCUUCAGUACAAGACGUUUAAACUUCCAUCUGUUUGAUAUCAUGGUGGAGAAUCAAGGUAUAAUAAUCGUGGAUUCAACAAGACGUGGGAAAACUAUGCCAGAUGCCCUGUCAAAGACAAUCCCAAUUUGGUGUGCCGUUUUGAAUUUCAUAAUGUUUGGUGAACAGGAAGAGAAUGGUAAUAAUUGGUGUUUCUUACCAUUACAGAUCAUUUCCAAGAAUGAAGCAAAUUCAAUAAUCAAACUAAUACCAAAAUUUGCCCAAACUUUAAUAGAUUUGAAAAUCAUCAACAAAGAACAACUAUUAACAAAAUUCAAAGGGAAAUAUCUACGACCAUUAUGGAUGUAUCCAGGAAUGUCACCACCUAUUGAGCCUCCCAUUUUCGAAGAUUUCAUUCCAAUAAUCAAUUGUGUAGCGAGUUUUAGAGCUGAUGAUGGUUCAAAAACGAUGAAUGGGUUCACUUAUGUUCAAGGUGCAGCUGAUGAUCAUGAAUUAUGGGCUGAAAACUUAAACCCUCAACUAUUUUGGGAAAAUGUUGAUGUUUUGCGAAAUAUGGAAUUGAGUGAUGAACAAUUGUUGAAUAUUAUUGAUUCUUUGAAAAUAAAGAAAAUUGGCACUAGUUCAUUAGAAAAUGUUGUGGAAUUGACAGAUGAGUUAAGUAUAGGGAAAGUUGUUGAUAAUAUUAAACUAGCAGAUGUUGGAAAAUUUGAUUCUAUUGUUGUGUUUUCACCUAAUUUCACUAUCGAGGAAAAUGAAAGUAUGAAGUUUCAUCAUUAUCCAUUUGCUUGUGAUAAAAAAGGUUCAAAUGAGUUGAGGAAAUCAAUACCGUCAAUUAUACCAUCACUCUCUGGUAGGAUACUUGUAUUAUGUGAAUCUGGUUCAGAUCUUUCUGUUGGGAUCGCAUUGGUUUUAUUAUCAACUAGAUACAAUUUAGAUUGGGAAAAAGUUGACACACAACCAUUAACAACAAAAGAUACAAUCAAGAAACAUCUAGCCAAAGUUUUAAACCAUAAGAAAGUUAAUCCUAGUAGAGCAACUUUACAAGCCAUCAAUUCCUACCUAAUGUGA